CCCGGCGGAGAACCAGGGCCUUGGCCCGGGAAGUGAAAGCGAAAGCGGCGGGCGCCGAGACGCCCUCGCUUGGAAAGCGUCGCUAGCGGACCAAAGUGGGAAACGAAGUUGAGGCCCCGGGAGUGGAUUUCAGAGCUCAGUCAGCAGCGCUUCACGGAAAGACCUCCGGAGCUGCAGUCCCGAAGCCGCCGCUGAUCCCACCAUGCGGCUCCCUGACCUGAGACCCUGGGCCUUACUGCUGCUGGCGGACUCGGCUGUACUCUGGCUGCUUCGGGGUACCCUGGGGACUCUGCUUCCCCCAGGGCUUCCAGGCCUAUGGCUGGAGGGGACCCUGCGACUUGGAGGGCUGUGGGGGAUGCUAAAGCUGGGAGGGCUGCUGGGGUUUGUGGGAACACUGCUGCCCCUACUCUGCCUAGUGACCCCCCUGUUCCUCUCUCUGAGGGCCCUGGUCCCAGGGGCCUUGAGUGCUCCCCCACUCAGAGUGGCUGCAGCCCCUUGGAGCUGGCUGCUGGUGGGGUAUGGGGCUGCAGGGCUAAGCUGGGCAGUGUGGGCGGUGCUGAGCCCUCCCAGAGCCCAGGACGGGGAGCAAGGCCAGGAGAACAACAAGGCCUUGAUGUGGAGGCUGCUGAAGCUCUCCAGGCCUGACCUGCCUUUCCUGGCUGCUGCCUUCUUCUUCCUUGUGAUUGCCGUGUGGGGUGAGACAUUAAUCCCUUACUAUUCUGGUCGCGUGAUUGACAUCCUGGGAGGUGAUUUUGACUCUGAAGCUUUUGCCAGCGCCAUCUUUUUCAUGUGUCUUUUCUCCUUUGGGAGGUAGGCGAUGGGUGAUUGGGUCCAUUUGCUAGCCCCGAAUCUU